GUCUGACAUGGCAUAUCACAACAUGGAGAGAUAACUGGCUCCUUAUACUAUCCCCAGCACUGGAGCCAGGGUGAAGAAAAGUCUUUGGAAUGCGGCGGGCCGUCAAGAAAACGGGUUGAGAACUAUAAAAUUCAUGAGUUUAUCAAGUUCCAAUAACCCCACUUUGUGAAGAUGAUGUCAGAAACAGUGGAAGAUGACAAAGGCCCAGUUCCUCCGUACUCCAGUGAGGAGGCAGAACCCUUCAUGGAAGGUGCUGAGGCUGUGCUGUCCUGUUGGAGGUAUUCCAUGGACGGAGUGGUGAUCAAUGGCACAGAUACUCUAAAUUCCACCACCAGCUCUCAGGCUCACAAGAAGAGACAGCAUUAUAGCAAACACAAGAACCAGGGAGGAAGUGGAGUACACAGAAACCCCAGGGCGCUCUUUUGCAUGCAUCUUAACAAUCCCAUUCGAAGGGCCUGCAUCAGCAUUGUGGAAUGGAAACCAUUUGAUAUUCUCAUCCUGAUGACGAUUUUUGCAAACUGUGUAGCCUUGGGUGUUUAUAUACCUUUCCCCGAAGAUGACUCCAACAUCGCCAAUCAUAAUCUGGAACAAGUCGAAUACAUCUUCCUCAUCAUUUUUACCGUGGAGAGCUUCCUGAAGAUCAUCGCCUAUGGGCUGGUCAUGCAUCCAAGUGCCUACAUUAGAAACGGGUGGAACUUGCUUGAUUUUGUCAUCGUCGUCAUUGGGCUUUUUAGUGUCAUAUUGGAACAGUUUUCUCACAAGCAAGGGGAUGCUCAUCACAUGAGUGGGAAACCUGGAGGGUUUGAUGUGAAGGCCCUCCGGGCAUUUCGCGUUUUGAGGCCUCUUAGACUCGUGUCUGGAGUCCCAAGUUUACAUAUUGUGUUGAAUUCUAUCAUGAAAGCCAUGGUUCCCCUACUGCACAUUGCUCUGUUAGUCCUGUUUGUCAUCAUCAUCUAUGCAAUCAUUGGUCUGGAACUGUUCAUUGGUCGAAUGCACAAGACCUGCUUCUACGUUGACUCUGACUUAGUUUCCGAGGAAGAGCCAGCGCCCUGUGCUUUCUCCGGACAUGGAAGACAGUGUCACUUGAACAACACAGAGUGCAGGGGCAAGUGGGAAGGACCCAAUGGGGGGAUUACAAAUUUCGAUAAUUUCUUCUUUGCAAUGCUGACUGUUUUCCAAUGUAUCACAAUGGAGGGAUGGACAGAUGUCCUUUACUGGAUGCAAGACGCAAUGGGUUACGAGCUUCCAUGGGUGUAUUUUGUCAGCUUGGUUAUUUUUGGAUCUUUCUUUGUCUUGAACCUUGUGUUGGGUGUGUUGAGUGGUGAAUUUUCUAAGGAAAGAGAAAAAGCCAAAGCUCGUGGAGACUUUCAGAAGUUGCGGGAGAAACAACAGAUGGAAGAAGAUCUGAAGGGAUAUCUUGAUUGGAUAACGCAGGCUGAGGACAUUGAACCAGAGAGAGAAGAGGGAGAAGACAGACAUAACCGCGUCACUCUGGCUGAUUUGACUGGCAGGAGGAGGGGGAGACUUCAAUGGUUCAUGCAUCCUAACCAUUCCACAGAGACCCACACAAGCCUUCCUGCCAGCGAGACAACUUCGCUCAACACGGAGAAUAUAGACGAUGAGCAUACCAAUUGCUGCUCAUUAUGCAUGAGCAAGAUUUGCCAAACUGGAUGCUGUCGCAGGUUGAAACGGUGGAAUCGGGCUUUCAGACGGAAAUGUCGCCUUGCUGUAAAAUCCGUCACCUUCUACUGGAUGGUUCUAAUCCUGGUUUUCCUCAACACUUUGACCAUUGCCUCGGAACACUACCGACAGCCGGAAUGGUUAACUCAGAUACAAGGUUAUGCCAACAAAGUGCUGCUGUCACUCUUCACCCUGGAAAUGCUCCUGAAGUUGUACAGUCUAGGUUUCCAUGCCUAUUUUAUGUCUUUUUUUAACCGGUUCGACUGCUUUGUGGUAUGCGGAGGGAUUCUGGAGACUGUUCUGGUGGAAUUUCACAUCAUGUCCCCUCUAGGCAUUUCCGUCCUACGCUGUGUGCGCCUCCUGAGGAUAUUUAAGGUCACGAGACAUUGGGCAUCUUUAAGUAAUCUGGUGGCAUCCUUACUGAACUCCAUGAAGUCCAUAGCUUCACUGCUGCUUCUGCUUUUCCUCUUCAUCAUCAUCUUCUCCCUGCUGGGCAUGCAGCUUUUUGGUGGGAAAUUUAACUUUGAUGAGACCCAGACCAAGAGAAGCACAUUUGACACCUUUCCUCAGGCCUUGCUUACUGUAUUUCAGAUCCUGACUGGUGAGGACUGGAAUGCCGUGAUGUAUGACGGAAUCAUGGCUUAUGGAGGGCCCUUUUUCCCUGGAAUGCUUGUUUGCAUUUAUUUUAUUAUCCUCUUCAUAUGCGGCAAUUAUAUCUUACUAAAUGUCUUCUUGGCUAUCGCUGUGGACAACCUGGCUGAUGGAGAUAAUAUCAACAGCAAAGAUAAAAAGGGAGGUAAGAAAACAGUAAAGAAAGAAGAGGACUCAGUGAAGGUUCCUUGCGAGGAAGAGAAUGAAGAAGAGGAGGGUAGUGAUGUGUCUGAAGAAGAGGAAGAUGAAGAGGGAAGUCUCCCGGACUCACAUCUUGAUAAACUUGCUGAGUUUGCCCCAAAGGAGAAAGUCCUUCCAAUACCAGAUGGCAGCUCCUUCUUCAUUAUGAGUAAUACCAACCCACUCCGUGUUGGAUGUCACCGGCUGAUUCACCAUCACAUCUUCACCAAUCUUAUUCUGGUCUUCAUCAUCCUCAGCAGCAUUUCCCUAGCAGCAGAGGACCCCAUUCGAGCCCACUCCUUUCGAAAUCAUAUUCUGGGAUAUUUUGACUAUGCUUUCACUUCAAUCUUCACAGUGGAGAUAUUACUGAAGAUGACUGCAUAUGGUGCUUUUUUACACAAGGGCUCCUUCUGCAGAAACUGGUUCAAUCUUCUGGACCUGCUUGUGGUUAGCGUGUCCCUCAUCUCCUUUGGAAUUCACUCCAGUGCCAUCUCUGUUGUAAAAAUUCUGCGUGUGCUGAGGGUUCUGCGUCCACUAAGGGCCAUCAAUAGAGCCAAAGGGUUGAAGCACGUGGUUCAGUGUGUCUUUGUUGCCAUCCGAACAAUUGGUAAUAUUAUGAUAGUAACCACCCUGCUGCAGUUCAUGUUUGCCUGUAUUGGGGUUCAGCUUUUCAAGGGAAAGUUUUACAGCUGCACUGAUGAGGCAAAACACAGCCCAGAAGACUGCAAGGGAACAUUCAUUGUGUAUAAGGACGGGGAUGUCACUCAUCCCAUGGUGCGUGAGAGAAUCUGGCAUAACAGCGACUUCAACUUCGACAAUGUCUUGUCUGGCAUGAUGGCACUUUUCACCGUGUCCACAUUCGAGGGUUGGCCAGCGCUGCUGUACAAAGCCAUUGAUGCCAACGGGGAGAACGUGGGACCUAUUUACAAUUACCGGGUGGAAAUUUCUAUCUUCUUUAUCGUCUACAUCAUAAUUAUCGCCUUCUUCAUGAUGAAUAUCUUCGUGGGCUUUGUUAUCAUCACUUUCAGGGCACAAGGGGAACAGGAGUACAAGAAUUGUGAGCUGGACAAGAAUCAGCGCCAGUGUGUAGAAUACUCUUUGAAGGCUCAGCCCUUGCGCAGAUACAUUCCCAAGCAGAAAUACCAAUACAAGGUCUGGUACAUGGUGAACUCUACUGGCUUCGAAUACAUCAUGUUUGUUCUUAUCCUUCUCAACACGAUCGCACUUGCCAUGCAGCAUUAUGAACAGUCAAAGCCAUUUAAUUAUGCUAUGGAUAUCUUAAACAUGGUGUUCACUGGACUCUUCACAGUGGAAAUGGUUCUGAAACUUAUCGCAUUCAGACCCAAGCAUUACUUCUGUGAUGCUUGGAACACCUUUGAUGCCCUCAUCGUUGUUGGCAGCCUGGUGGAUAUUGCAGUCACGGAGGUCAAUAAUGGAUGGCAUGUUGGAGAGAGUUCGGAGGAUAGCUCCAGAAUUUCCAUUACCUUUUUCCGGCUCUUCCGUGUUAUGCGUUUGGUAAAACUGCUCAGUAAAGGAGAAGGUAUUAGGACAUUGCUGUGGACAUUCAUCAAAUCCUUUCAGGCUUUGCCGUAUGUAGCCCUGCUCAUCGCUAUGAUAUUUUUUAUCUAUGCUGUAAUUGGCAUGCAGACAUUCGGUAAAAUUGCUAUGCAAGAUGGGACUCAGAUCAACAGAAAUAACAACUUCCAAACUUUUCCCCAAGCCGUACUGCUCCUUUUCCGGUGUGCUACUGGGGAGGCUUGGCAGGAGAUCAUGUUGGCCAGUCUGCCGGGCAAGAGAUGUGACAUUGAAUCUGAUUUUGCUCCUGAUGAGGAAUUUACCUGCGGGAGUAACUUCGCCAUUGUGUAUUUCAUCAGCUUCUUCAUGCUCUGCGCCUUUCUGAUCAUAAACUUGUUUGUGGCUGUCAUCAUGGAUAACUUUGAUUACCUCACAAGGGAUUGGUCCAUCCUUGGCCCCCAUCAUCUGGAUGAGUUUAAGAGAAUCUGGUCUGAGUAUGACCCAGAAGCCAAGGGCCGUAUCAAACACUUGGACGUAGUUACCUUACUGCGCAGGAUUCAGCCUCCUCUUGGGUUUGGCAAACUUUGCCCACAUCGUGUAGCGUGUAAGAGAUUGGUUGCCAUGAACAUGCCUCUCAACUCAGAUGGGACUGUGACAUUCAAUGCCACCCUUUUUGCCUUAGUGCGUACCUCACUGAGGAUCAAGACAGAAGGGAACCUGGAAGCUGCCAAUGAAGAACUGAGAGCUGUGAUCAAAAAGAUCUGGAAAAGAACCAAACAGAAGAUACUGGAUGAGGUUAUCCCUCCCCCUGAAGAGGAGGAGGUGACUGUUGGCAAAUUUUAUGCCACUUUCCUUAUCCAGGAUUACUUUCGCAAGUUUCGUCGUAGGAAAGAAAAGGGUCUUCUUGGGACAGAAAAUCUACCUAGCAAUUCUACCACUUUACAGGCUGGACUUCGUAGCUUGCAGGAUCUUGGUUCUGAGAUCCGCCGAGCAUUAUCCUGUGAGCUGGAGGAGGAGGAUCUCUCAGCGUUUAGAGAAAUUGGGCGCCAGGUAACAGAGGAUGGUCCUACAUGUGAAAAUACUUCAACUCUGGGUAUGGAAAAUAUCCGUUCUUCAUCUGUACUGUCCCUUACCAACUCCAUUGGAGGAAGGGAUGUACAGCCUCCUACCUCUCGGAAAUCAUCACUAGUCAACCGCUCUGGUGGUGGUUCCAAAGACAGCCUACUGCCGCCACCACCGCCCACUGUGACCAAUAUCAAGAAGAGGCAGCUGAGUACACGCAGAAGAAGCUCAGAUGGAAGUUGUGUCCCUCCUACUGUUCAUGAGCAAGAUGAGACUGCCACAGAGGAUGAGCAGAGAUCUAAAACCUCAUCCCCUGUAUUCCCAGCCAACAAUGAGACAGAGAGACAGCAAAGUUUUGAGGACAUCCUACAACGGUCAGCAUCCCCAGAAGACAAGAUGAAGGCUAUGCCACCGCCAGUAACAUCACUCUCUGGGCCACAGGCUAAUGGCACACUGGAGGGAAGAGCAGCCCCGCGCAGGAGACUGUUACCCCCAACUCCAGGUGGAAAAUCUGCCUUUGGCAUCCAGUGUUUGAAAAGACAAGGGAGUUGUGAUGAUAUUCCAAUCCCUGGAACAUAUCAUCAAAAUGCCCCACCAUGCCGAACAAGAGGCCAGGGAUAUGGAAGUUCAGAUUCAUGGGAAAGAACCACUUACUCACCCAGCGGUUCUCUGUCAUGGGCAAAUCCUCCAAAACGGGGACGACUUCUAUAUGCCCCUCUUAUCUUGGUGGAUGAAGACAGCACCCUGCCUACAAUACCAUGUGCUCACUGGUAUAGAGAAGAAGAGAGCAAGGCGCCUUACUGCCCUUACACCCAUCUCCAUGUGCCGCACCAGAGACUGACUGAAAAACGAGGAAGUGCCGAUAGUCUAGUUGAAGCCGUCUUGAUAUCAGAAGGUUUAGGGUUGUACGCACGAGACCCAAAGUUUGUUGCUUUCGCAAAACGUGAGAUUGCCGAUGCCUGCCACAUGACUGUCGAUGAAAUGGAAAGUGCCGCAAGUGAUCUGCUCAGUCAAAGUCGGAAGGGAAGUUUUGUCGGGAGCAAUGGAAAUUGCAGUGGAGACGACCUGACUGGGCAAGGCCUUUUGUACAGCGACGAAGAGUCAAUACAUUGUAAAGAUGAAGAGGAACUGCGGGAUGAGAUGGUCUGUGUGUCCUCUUUCUGACGUUAAUAAUAUAAUAGACUUCCAUUCUUGUUGGGAAGACUGUAGCCAAAGCACUUAUUUUAAAUAUGGGGACACAAUAGUCUUAAUGGAUAAAAAAGAGAAACCAAAAAAUGCUAAACUGUGAAUACAGAGAAAUUAUCGUUCAGCAAAAAAGUAUUUACAAUAAGCAGAAGUAAUAAAAUUUCUUUGUGUA